UAUUUCCUUUCACACCUGUAAUUUGUUUUUGCUUAUUGCCCAAGCCAGCACCUAAAAUCCUAUCAUAUAGCCCAUGAAGACUCCAUUCCAGGCAACUCGAGAAGAAAUCAGUAUUUGACAAGGAAGACAAGAAACAAAAGCAAAGAAGAAGAAGAAAGAGGAUGGGAGGAGGAACAGAAGCUUUUCCAGAUUUAGGAAGACACUGCCAACUAUCUGAUUGUCAUCAACUCGAUUUUCUCCCUUUUACCUGCCAUGCUUGUCAUAAGGUAUUCUGUGUGGAGCAUAGAUCAUGCAAGUCUCACGAAUGCCCAAAAGCCGACUUUAACAGCCGAAAGGUUUUGGUCUGCGAAAUUUGCUCCGUGUCCAUUGAGACUACCGGAUGCAAAAAUGAAGACGAUAAGGCCAUAUUGCAGAAACACGAGAAAUCUGGGGAUUGUGACCCGAAGAAGAAGAAGAAACCUACCUGCCCUGUGAAACGAUGCAAGGGAAUCUUGACCUUCUCCAACACUAGCACUUGCAAGACUUGCCAGAUUCAAGUUUGCCUCAAGCACAGGUUUCCUGCUGAUCACGCCUGUAAACGGAAUUCUUCAUCAUCACAGCCGUUGGUUAAGGAUCUCAAGGAAGCCAAUAAGUUUUUGACUGCUUUGGUUGCAAGGAGUGGGAAUGAUUGUGGGAAUAAAAGCCGUCCCUCAUCUUCACACCCUACUAACCCUUCCGUUAAAGCUUGCUGAUCGCUUCACAGACAUUAUUACUAUGCAUCUCUAUCGUUUGUAAAUUACAUUAUUUAAGCGCUCAUUAAUUGAAUUGAAAACGAUGUUAUAUUUUCUAA